AUGUCUUUAAGCGAAAAUAAGGAAAAUGAAAAUUUUCCAUUACCUAUGUCUUUAGAGCAGCUAGAUUUAAGUGAAUAUGAAGAUAACGAGUUAGUACAAGAAGUUGCACAAGAUCUAUGGAUAUUUUUUCAAUCCAAAAAUUGCGAAUGCCGAAUGAGAAAUACCUAUCAAUGUUUUGAAAAAGUUGGAUUUAAACGAUUUUUUGAACAACAUAUGCAAUUUCGUAGCCUAGAUAAAAAAGAACUAGAUUUGGUUUUAAUAGGUCAGCUUAUGGCAUUUGAGUAUAAUCAAACAAAUAAAAAUGCUAAACAGAAAUUUAAUUAUCAGUUUAAUAACGAUAUUAAACUCUGUAAAAAUACAUAUCUUAAGUUAAUUGGAGUUGGAAACAGAUAUCUAAUUCAAAUUAAUAAGAGUUUAAUAAAUAAAGGAUUAGUUAAACGAUUACAUGGCAAUACAAAGCGAAUUUCUAAUAUAAAAAGCCAAAGAGAAUUAAUUCAAAAAAGAUUAGAUGAUCAUAAACAAAAAGCAGAAAUAGAACGAGAUUAUUAUCAUAAUAACAUUUUAACAAGUACAAUCUUACCUGAUACAGCGCAU